AUGCACAGGUCGAGGGAUACAAAGCCAAUUGCAGGGUUAUCAUUACCUCUUACAAAGGAUCUUGGGCAGUAUCCUCACAGGCUGAAUUUUUACGAGAAACCACCACAGGGCGACCUGACUGUAGAGGACUUUGAAACGUUCGCUAUCGAUAGAUUAAGAGUACUAGCAGAGAUCGAAUCCUCUUUGAUCCGUAACCGCUCUCCCGAAGAGCUACGACUUAUCACUGUCGCGCAAUGUGCGAAAUACCUACCCUUGAGCGCGAACACCUCCACCAAGGACCUCAUCUCCGAACGGCGAAAGGAUCAGAUCAGCCACUUCGUGCUCCGACUCGCGUUCUGUCGUUCGGAGGAACUCAGACGACGGUUCGUCAAGGCUGAGACUACUUUGUUCAGGAUCCGAUUCGCGGACGAUGAUACGCGCGAACGGGCGGCAUUCUUAGAUUCGAUCAAGUUGAAUUGGGAAAAGGUUGACGAAGAGGAGCGAAGGGAGGCGCAUAUCAAGGCUGGACUUCAGGCGCAAGCCGAAUACCUGAAACGGGACGAAAGACAACGGGAAGAUUACUUAGAAGAUACGUUCUACAAGACGCCUUGGACCCAAGUACCGGAACUUGUCGAGCGUCGAAGGGUGUUCCUAUGGAAGGGAUGGGCGUACGUACCCUCCCGUGAGCAGAGCACGCUCGUCUUCCAAGAGUUCCAGAACCGGCUCGAGCAAGCGCUUGAGAUAACCGCUAAAGCCCUUCCACGCCUGGACGAAGACGACCGACUCCUUCCCGUGCUCGAGCAUCUCUCGCGCGGUUUCCUCGCCGGCGUGGCCUCGGAAUACGUUGGCCCUGAAGAUGAUUUCGGGGAAACGAUCACCGCGGAUAUGAUUGAUGAUAUGGCUGCGAAGCAUUUCCCGAUGUGUAUGCGGAAUUUGCAUGAUCGGUUACGCAAGGAUAGGCAUUUGAAGCAUUUUGGGAGAUUGCAAUAUACGUUGUUCCUCAAGGGACUCGGAGUCUCGGUCGAAGAAGCUGUCGUCUUCUGGCGAAAAGCUUACGGGGGGACGAUGACCGACGACAAGUUCAACAAAGAGUACAAGUACAACAUCCGGCAUUCUUACGGGUUAGAAGGCAAGCGUGCCAACUACCCAGCAAAAAGCUGCCAAACGAUCCUCACGACGAACCAGCCCGGGCCGACCGAGUCCCACGGCUGCCCUUUCCGGCAUUUCAGCCCCGAAAACCUGCAGCUCGCCUUAUCAGCCACGUACGGCAUCCCAGCCUCCGACCAAGGGGAGAUAAUGGCCGCAGUCAAGGGCCAGCAUUAUCAUAUUGCGUGCACGAGGGUGUUUGAGCUCACGCAUGUCAAGUAUGGAGUGAAGAUGGGUGACGGACUGGGCAGGGCGAACGGCGCGACGGAGACGGUGUCCCAUCCUAAUAGGUAUGCGGCGCGCAGUCGGGAAAUGGAGAAGGAAAAGUCCGACAAGGGUAAGGCGGCGCCUGCUGUGCAAGUCGCGGUGGAGGAGAACGUCGUCAUGGCAUGAGUAUUGAAAAGGUAGUAGUUGUGGUUGUAUUGUUUUGAAGCGCUGUAA